AUGAGUCAUCAAGAUUGUGAGAUGGGUCUUGACCCAAAUACAGUGCUUAAAUUACCAGGAAACACAUCAAAACCAUUAAGUGAAAUAAUGUGUGGAGACAUUGUAUUAAACCAAUUCCAAAAACCAAUCAAAGUUUUAUCCAUAAAAGAUAAAGUUGUCAAGAAUCAUUAUCAAUUGAAAUAUCGUGAUUUUCAAAGUCAUCAAAUUCGUGAAUUACAUAUAGCUCCCCAGCAACCCAUUUUGCUUAAGAGUAGAAUGAAUCCAGUUAGUUCGGCGGCAAUGGUUUUUCAUCAAAGUACAAGGUCUACCAUACCAAAGUUUCAUUAUACAAAAAUAAUUAGAAAAUGUAUAAAUCCAGAUGACCAAAGAUUAUCCAUUCCUAAUCAAGUUCAAACAGCGUUGAAAACAAAGCCAUGUCAAUGUGGAGGUCAUAAACAAAUUCAAGCUAAAAUAUCCAGAAAAAUAUCUAAAUCAAAUGUAUUAAAUUUGAUUAAAGAGAAAAGAUUAGGAAAUGUCUUCAUUUAUGAUGACGAUGAAACAAUAAUUUACAAGGUAAAGGAAUUGGAACAACAUUGCUGGUUUAAGAAAAAUCCAGAAGAACCACCGUCUGAUUAUUGCAUGGUACAAGCUAAGGAAACUUACGAAUAUGUCAAUUGGUUGAAAAAUGGAAAUACUGAACAAUAUUCACCUUAUUCCCAACUUUCAAAGGAGGUCUUCUUCUUUUUUGGGCUCUAUCUUGGAGACGGUGCACAAAACAACGGUUCAGUAGUGGUUUGUGAAUCGCAAAAGGAAGAAUUCUUGAAAAUUACUGAAGUAAUCCCACAUCAACUUAACGAGUUAUAUCCUUCAGAAAAAACCAUAUAUGCAUUGAAUGCACAUCAAUCAAUAACUCAAAUUGAUGGUAUACGGGAAGGAAUUUAUAUCAUGAAAUUUUCUAAAUACAACAGAAAAUCUAAAAAGAUUGAACCAGGUAACAACAUUGUUUAUGAUAUCAUGAGAUACUACAGUUGUUUCAGAGAAAAGAAUGAUCUUGAUAUCAAUAAAAUUAGCAAUGAAUUAUCCAUAGAGAAGAGAUCAAGCAUAGUUAAAGGCUUGAUCUUUUCAGACGGAUGGAAAUCAUCCAAUGGAACGAACCAAGGUAUUUGUAUAUCACAAUCUGCAAAUGUUCAUGGGCCAUUACUAUCAAAGAUUCAUUCUUUAUGUAAUCCAUUAAAUAUUAGGUCAUCUCAAGUGUCAUUACAUGCAGCUAAAAAUGAGUUGAGAAUUACUUUUUCAUUUCAAGAAUAUCAAAAAGUAAUGAAAAAAUUCCCUAUCCCAUUCUAUCACUCCAAAGAGCCUAAAGAGAAAGAAAUGCCUUUAAUUCUAAGAAAAACAGAUAGAUCAAAGAUUUUGGGUUAUCAAAAGAUUGAAGAAGAACUAAAAGUUAGAGAAAUAGUAGUUGAAGGUGAUGGCAGUAUCCUUGGCUGGAACGACUUGGUUUUGCUUCAUAGUAAGUAA